ACCCAGCCUCUAAAGCAUCCAAAUUUAAAUUAAUGGAAUCUUCAUUCUCAAAAUCAAAACACUUGUUCAGACGGUAGGCACCAACCCACACAUCCCCACCAAAAAUAUAAGCCACCCCAAUUCCACAAUUCUCCUUCAAGCUUUCAAUCUCGUUUCUCUCUCUGUAAAAAUCUGAACUUGCUCGCCCAAAACAGAGAAUUGGAUGAAGUUGUAGCAGCUCUGACUCUUGAACUUGGGUCCCUUUUCAGAUUUUCUUUUGUUUCUUUCAAUUUUGAUCAGAAAUGGGAGAAAUCUCAAACUUCCAGGUGGGUGUUAUUGGAGCACUCUUCCUAUCGGUGGCAUCCUCUGUCUCCAUUGUCAUCUGUAACAAAGCUCUUAUGAGCAACCUUGGCUUCCCUUUUGCAACGACUCUCACUAGUUGGCAUCUAAUGGUAACAUAUUGUACCCUUCACGUGGCUCAUCGCCUGAACUUGUUUGAGUCCAAACCCAUUGAUACAAAGACCGUCGUGCUCUUUGGGAUGCUCAAUGGCAUCUCCAUUGGAUUUCUUAACUUGAGUUUGGGAUUCAAUUCUGUUGGAUUCUACCAGAUGACAAAACUUGCAAUCAUACCAUUCACUGUUCUGUUAGAGACUGUUUUCCUUAAAAAACAAUUCAGCUCUAAGAUUAGGCUCUCUCUAUUCCUCUUGCUGGUUGGAGUUGGCAUUGCCUCUAUCACUGAUCUCCAGCUCAAUUUUGUGGGAACUGUUCUCUCUCUCUUGGCCAUCAUUACAACCUGUGUUGGCCAAAUUCUAACAAAUACUAUCCAGAAAAGGCUGAGUGUAUCUUCAACCCAGCUGCUGUAUCAGUCUGCCCCAUUUCAAGCAGCUAUUCUAUUUGUUUCUGGCCCUUUCUUAGACCAAUGUCUCACCAAGAAAAAUGUGUUUGCCUAUAAGUAUUCCCCUGUGGUUCUGGCGUUUAUCAUUCUCUCAUGCCUGAUAUCAGUGUCGGUCAACUUUAGCACGUUUUUGGUGAUCGGAAAGACGUCGCCGGUGACGUACCAGGUGCUCGGCCACCUCAAGACUUGCCUUGUUCUUGGCUUUGGCUAUACUCUUCUUCAUGACCCUUUCACCGAGAGAAACCUCGUUGGAAUUCUAAUAGCCAUUGCUGGGAUGGGCUUGUAUUCAUAUUUUUGUACUCAAGAGGGUAAAAAGAAGCAGGAUGACCUCUCUUUAGGAUCUCAGAUAAAAGACAAGGAAACAGCAGCACUUCUAGCAGGAGUUCAUCAAGAUAAAGAAAACCUGGAAGUGAAGAAAUCAAACAAGGAUUCUCUGGUUUAAUCAAGUAAAUGGGCAAUGGAGGGAGAAGAUUAUAGAUCUUCAGGACAGUUAAUGUUUUGUUUUUUUCUUUCUGAGAGAAGAUGGUUUUGAAUUCUUUGAAUAAACACCCCAUUUUGGUCCUCCUUUUCAUUUUAAUCUUCCUCUUAGGUCUUGUCUGGAGAGUGCUGGAAGAACCAUUGCAGAUCUUUAUCAUCAGUCUGUUGUUUUUCAGUCACCAGAAAGCUACAAGAAUUGAAAAGUCUGCUGAAAAAAUUAGUGCACAGUUCCCUUCACUUGCUACCAAAAGAAAAGCACUCUCCAUUGGAGAAAGUUGAAAGAAGAAACAGAUUUGUAGUGCAAAAAGAUGAACAUAUUCAAACAUUAACUUGUUGUUCAUUACGAGGAAAGAGUAAUUUUUGUCUCAUAUUUUCAUUAAAUUUGUAGAGUUUCUUCCAUUUGUCAUAGAAUACAAGCCUGGGCCUCUGGCUUCAGACAAAAGCAAAAAGAAAACAUGCCUCAUGUGCCUAUCUCACUGUUUUA